UUUGUUUUAGAGCAUACCUGCAAAUUUGAAAGCUCAUUCGGUCUGCUUGUCCAUCGUAAAGUUUUUUUAAAACUGUCGAUUUAUUUUCCAUUUCUCUUAACUUCAAGUUGUUUUAUAAUUCCAAAUUUAAUUAAUCUUAUUGCAACAGUACAACUUAAUCAUGUUAAUUUCAAAUCCAGACAGAAGAUAAUGGAGCUAGAUAUACGACAGAUACAAUGAUCCUUCUACUUCUCAUUAUUUCUACUCUCGCUGUAUCAGAAGGAACCUGGAACCCUUACUGUCCUUGGGAUACUUUGGACAGUAAGAUUGAUAAACAAUUGUACAGCUGCUCUAACAAUAGUACAAAAUCGUUAUACACUAAGCUAUUAACCGCCAACAGAGCAAAGAUAAAAGUGGGACUUCUACUGCCGCAGAUACCUGCAGAUUGUACCUACAUAGACCUAUUCAAUCAAGGUAUAGCCGCAGAAAUAGCAGUUGAAGACAUAAACUCAAAUCCGGAUCUUCUGCCGGGGUACGAGUUGGAACUAGUAAACGCUUCAGAUUAUCGAUCUUGUGGCCGAUCGUUUGACACGUUAGGGUAUGCGUACACUCUGCGAGUUAAAGCUGGAGCGGAUGUUCUGAUAGGGCCAGCUUGUGGGGACGGUAACAGUGGUUCUAGUGUGGCUAGUUUUGCUGCUGCUGAGAACGUGCCGGUUAUAAGUGUUGCUAGCUUCCAGGACGAUCUAAACGACGUGGAAAAAUAUCCUACUUUCACAAGACUAUACGAAUCUACAGAAAUUCAGGCCUAUUAUCAUGCGGGGGUGUACCAAUACUUUGGAUGGAAAGAAAUCGUUACAAUAGUUCAAAAGGAGGAUAAUCCUAAAUGCACAGCAAAAUGGGCGAAUCUAACGCGGACUCUCAAACUAGAGAUGGGAUACAAGAAAAUCAAAUCAUUCUCCUUGUUGCCGAACAACACCUUAAGUUCAAAAAAUAUAACGACCAUCUUAGAAGAAAACCGGAUAGUAUCUAUUUUCGGCAGUCCUAGCGUUGUGAGAAAUACUGUGCUUGAAUUCUACCGUAUGUGCAUUACUAAAUCCUGGUGCAGUUGGUCAAACUAUAGAUUUAUAGCUGUUAACUUUCAGAUAGGCUUCGUUGUGAGCAACGAGCAGAUUCUGCCUUGGAGGUGCGAUCAGAGCCUUCGUAAAUUUCCACAAUUGUGUUCAUGCUGUACCGAGGAACAGAGAGGAGAUGAUGACGAGGCCAGACUUGCCUUUAAAUCUGUUAUCUACAUAGUUUCCAAUGUACCAAAGUUCUCUCAACAAGACGAUUUGUUCUGCAAGCUCAUGAAGAAAUUAAAAGAUUCACCCUACAUAAAGCCGGAAAAGAGGAAAGCCAGAUGUAUAGAACAAGUGUUCCUUAUUCAGCACCUGUACGACACUGUGCUUGUUUACGCGUACGCUCUCAAUAUUACAAACGAUCCCAAGGAUGGUAAGAAAAUAUCAGAGGAGUUCAAGCGCUUGACUAAUAUCGAAGGGAAAUCUGGGAGGAUCAUAACCAACAGCCAAGGAUCCAGGUACUCGGAAAUGCUUGCUUAUUUCUUCCAAAAAGAUUCUGAUCAAGAAAUGACGGCGACUCUGAAACUCACGCCCACAAGAGAGACUGGUUUGUACACAGCGUUUGUUGUUGAUAAUCAGAGACCUCCAAGAAGGGUACCGGAUAAACCUCCUUGUAAAUGGCACGAUUUCACUUGUGAAGGACCCCUCAGCACGCUGAUAGCUGGUGUUUUCGUGCUUAUUAUCAGCAUUGUAGGAGGAACCAUCUUCCGGAUAUGGAUAACUCAACGUAAAAGUGUCCAGCAAUCGUUCUUUAUAACAGCAGAGCAGCUUGAGGGAUUCAUAGAGGCCAACACCAACGCUACCGACAAACACUUUCGACCUGUUUCUGUUCAAAGAACAGACAUCAAAGUGUCUGCAACAGACAAAUCUACAGCUGCCUUGUUGAGGGGGUUGAACCAGGUUCAUCACAACAAUAUUGUGCAGCUUCUCCACUGCUGUUUGGAUACUACUGGUAUGACGAUGGUCCUGGAGGAUUGUCCCAAAGGUCCCUUGCAGUAUCUAAUACGAACCGAACAGCGAGUUAAAACGGCUUCUUUUAUCAGAUCGUUUGCGGCUGAUAUUCUAAGUGGCUUAUCAUAUCUCAAUGGCAGUACUUUCUCUUACCAUGGUUCUUUGACAUCUCUCAACUGCAUGGUAGAUGCAAAUUGGAAUGUAAAGUUGAAAGGCUUUUAUUUGAGACAGAUUCAAAAUGGAGAGAUAUACAGUAAUCCUGAAAUGGAAAUGAAGGCUAUGAAUACUACUAGACAAGUCUAUGAUGGACUCUGGAUGUCUCCACAAUUUCAUAAAGGAGAGAUAACAGAUAUAAGUGGUUUUCAAGAAAACGACAUCUACUCAUUCGGCGUCAUCUUAGCAGAGUUGGUUAAUAGUGAGCCACCUUUUGGCAUCUUCUUUGAUGAAAGAAUCGACGUCAAGAUACUCCACGAUCAAAUCGAAUUAAUCAAGAGCGGAGAAAAGCCGUUAUCUGACGAAUUUCUGAAACCGAAGUCACUCCUUCCCUCCUACAAAUCAUCCAUUUCUUCAAAAAGUUCUUUAGUUCCUGAUGGUGGAAGCAUAGUGUCAUCAAGAGGGUCGAGCAGGACAUAUCAAUCACUCAGAUCCUCGCGGCCUUCAUCGAGGGUGUCAUCAGAAUCCACUUUGUCGUACGUAAGUAGUGACUAUCUAGAUGAAGAUGAUCUUGAGGAUGACCUCACAAUGGUCAAGCAGUUCUGUCUGCUUUGUAUAGAAGAUGAGCCAGAAGAUAGACCUACAGUUCCAGAAAUCCUAGAGAGACUGGAGACGGGAUCUCAAAGCAACAUUGGUUCUCUCGUAGACCAAUGGUUGGUAACACUAGAAAAGAAAUCUAAGGAGUUGAAGGACAAAUUUGAUCUAAAGAAUAAGGACUUGUUUAAGGAAAAGGAAAAGACGAAAGAACUUGUUUAUUCUUUAUUGCCCCGAGAAAUAGCUGAGCAGAAAAUGAGAUGUGAUGCUGCAAUACCCCCUCAGGAGUUUUCAAACUGCAGUUUUUUCUACUCAGACAUAAAAGGUUUCACCAGCAUUGUUGCAGACCUCACCAAUUUGGAAGACGGAGGCCCUAUGGACGUUGUAGGUAUGCUAGACAACCUCUACACAAUAAUGGAUAAAGCUAUCGGAAGCAACGUUGUUAAAAUAGAAACCAUCGGAGAUGCUUAUGUUGUUGUUAGUGGACUACCAGUGCCUGACAUAAACGGUUCGGCUCAUGCUAGACACAUAGCAGCUUUUGCUCUAGACGUUCUUUCGACAACCAAAGAUAUAACAGUGCCACGACUGAACAAUCGGCCGGUAUACAUGAGGAUCGGAAUACACUCUGGGAGCUGUGUGGCGGGAGUGGCUGGAAACUACAUGUACCACUAUUGUAUUUACGGGAAGGAGCCAAGGUACGCUAACAAUCUAGAAUCUUCUGGAGAGGCUAACAGAAUUCACAUGAGCGACGAUAUGAGAAAAAUUUUAGAGAAGAACUUUCAGCACCAAUUCUCGAUUGUUGAACGCAAACCGUCGUGUCAUAUUUCUGGAUUUAAAUCAAAAAGUAAUCGCACCUGGUGGUUGACGGGCGAGUCGGGAGUGCCGCGUGACAUGCCCAAAGAGGAUAUUUACAAGAAAUUAGAAUUCAAGCGCAAGAUUUCUAGCACCGCCAAUCCUAAGUUACUUAUUAAAGGAGUUGCUAAACUAAGGAAUGACGCAACCAACGCCCAUAUGAGGACACAUUCAGAAUGUUCGGAUAAGAGUGCUAAGAAGUUCAAGAAAGAUCGAUCUGGAUCUAUUUCAGAUAUCUUGACAGUUGGAAGCAAGGCAAAGAAAGAUCGAUCAGGAUCUAUUUCAGAUAUCUUGACAGUUGGAAGCAAGGCAAAGAAAGAUCGAUCAGGAUCUAUUUCAGAAGUCCUCAAGCUUAAAGUUGGAAACAAGACGAAUCAACUAUCAAGAUAAUAGUAAAAAGAAGAGUGAUUACUAAAACGAUGCAAUUGGCUACAUAUC